CGCCCUCUUGGGCGAGCGCCGCGCGCCACCGCUAGGCAGUUGGCGGCGCUGCCCUCCGCCGGGAUGAGUCUCCCGGAAGGACUGGGCGAAGCGCGGGCCACGCCGGUGCGGGAACCUUCGGGAUUGGCCGAUAGGAGCCCCGCUCUCUGAUUCCGCCCACCCCCUCCCUAGACACCCAAGUCGGAGACGCUGGGGAUUGGUUCCCGGUGGACACCCGAAGAAGCCAAGAAAUGGUUCCGCCUCCCUCGCGCAUCCCGGAGAGGGAGCUCCACGGAUUGGUCCGCGGAGGCUCGGCGCGCGCCGACCCCGCGCUCCAGGGUUGGCUGAGGGUGUGCUCGCGCUGCCGGAAAGCGUUGACGGUGAUUGGCCGGAGGGUGGGGCCGGCUAUUUGAAGGAGGCGCGCGGACCAAAUACGCACUUCAGUCCGCGGACAGAAGAGGCGGGAGCGGUUCUAGGUAACGCUACCCGGCUGACCACAGAGGACUUCGGCGCGGGCCCGGCCCCAGCUGUGGCCUCUGCCGCAGCCCGGCAAGGCGAUGGCCAAGGUUUCUGUGCUGAACGUGGCGGUGCUGGAGAAUCCGAGCCCUUUCCACAGCCCCUUCCGGUUCGAGAUCAGCUUCGAGUGCAGUGAGGCCCUGGCGGACGACCUAGAGUGGAAGAUCAUUUAUGUUGGCUCAGCGGAGAGUGAGGAGUUUGAUCAAAUCCUAGACUCCGUGCUGGUUGGGCCUGUUCCAGCAGGGAGACACAUGUUCAUCUUUCAGGCUGACGCCCCCAACCCAUCCCUCAUCCCCGAGACCGAUGCCGUGGGUGUGACCGUGGUCCUCAUCACCUGCACGUACCACGGACAGGAGUUCAUCCGUGUGGGCUACUAUGUCAACAACGAAUACCCCAAUCCCGAGCUGCGGGAGAACCCACCCCUGAAGCCAGACUUCUCUCAGCUCCAGAGGAACAUCUUGGCCUCGAACCCCCGCGUGACCCGCUUCCACAUCAACUGGGACAACAACAUGGACAGUCUAGAAGCCAUAGAGAACCAGGACCCUGCCCUGGGCUGUGGCCUCCCCCUCAGCUGUGCUCCCAUCAAGGGCUUGGGUCUCCCUGGCUGCAUUCCUGGCCUCCUCCCCGAGAAUUCCAUGGACUGCAUCUAGCUGCAGGGAUCCAGGCCCAGCCUGGGCCCAGCUGGGAUUGUGGCCAGUCUCCUAGAGCAUCUGGAGGGGGCAGGCGGUCCUCCCAGACAGUCCCAUGGAGGCCAUCUGGAGGACUCUGGGGCCAUCAAAUACACCAAGGCUAGGCAGACAUGGCUCUGAGGAAGGAGCGGGCCUCAGGUCUCUCCCAACCCUGACCCAGAAGGAUCAUCUUACCUCUAGUGCCCAGGCCUGUAAGAAGCGGGUACUUCAGUUUUUAAUUCUUUGUGACUUGUGUCUUUUCUCCUUUCCACACACACUAUAAAUUCCGCCUGCAGGCCUUUGUGCCACCAUGGUCCUGUGAAUACCACUGACCCAAAAUUCUUCCCACAGACCUCCCUGCCCUGCCUUGAGACUUUCUUGGUCAAUGUCUGGCAAGGCUCCAGCACUAUUGAGACAAAGCCUGUCAUUCCUGUCCCUUCCCAAACAUCUGAGCUGAUCCACCCAGCUUUUUGGAGUCACAGGCAAGAAAUCUUGGUUAGAAGGUGGACUUGGACAUAAUUUCUGUCCUUCCAGGACAGUUUUUAGGUCUUUUCAAUCCAACAGCCUCUGGAAAACCUCUGUUCCCAAAGCUGUGCUCAGCAGGAUGCUGAGGAAUGAUGGUCCAACUCUCAGUCACAGCCACCUUCCUGUCAUCUCCUAACUGGAUCUGGCUUUCCCUGGAGGCUGUCACAGUGGGAGGAUGGCAUGUUGGAGGAGUCCAUUGUGCUCUGUCCAUCUCGGUGUCGGCAUCGGGCCCCUCUGCAAAGACCUCAUGCUCUCAGGCUACAGACAGACUACAGGCACAGGAAACAGUAGGGACUCUGGAAACCUCUCCUCCUGCCAUGCUGCCCCUGGCACACCCGGCCCUCUCGCUGCUACGUGGAUGCUGUUGUGAUUGCAGUUUGUAUAUUAAAAGGUUUUUAUAUUAAACAUGUUUGGUUGGUCUAAAAAUAAAAAGCACUUCAUCUA